AUGGCUGCAAUUAGAACCAGGAGUAUGAAGCUGAACUCUGAGAAUACUGCAGAGCCAGUCAUGGCUCAGAAGGCUCUGACAUCCCGACCAAGAAACACUUUGAGGGACAUUGGGAACCAACUUGUGAAGACAAAAUUGCCUGCAAACAAGAAAAGAAAAGCUGGAAGAAAACAAAUUGCUGUAAAGCCAAAUCAACCCGGUGUAUUGGAGAAGGAUAAGCCUAAGCAAUUCCCAGUGUCCAUUUCUAGCAGCCCAAUGGAAACUUCAUGUCCUACUGAGAUACCUCAAGCAUUUUCCAGUAUCAUAAUUCAGGUGAAGGAUGUGGAUUCUGAAGAUGCUGAAAACCCCUUGUUAUGCAGUGACUAUGUGAAGGACAUUUACUGCUAUCUUAGAAGUUUAGAGGCACAACAAGUUAUCAGACCCAACUAUCUUGAAGGCAAAGAAAUUAAUGGAAAAAUGCGGGCCAUACUCAUAGACUGGCUUGUGCAAGUCCAUCUGAAAUUCAAGCUGCUCCAGGAGACUAUGUUCAUGACAGUAGCUAUACUGGAUCGGUAUCUACAGGAGAGCAAUGUUCCCAAGAAGCUGUUGCAACUGGCUGGAGUAACAUCCAUGUUCAUAGCAUGCAAAUAUGAAGAGAUCUAUCCUCCAGAAAUAGCUGAUUUUGCCUCUGUGACUGAUGAUACUUACACCACAGCCCAGAUCAGAAACAUGGAAAGGCACAUCCUCAGAGUACUCCAGUUUGACAUUGGAAGACCCUUACCCCUGCACUUCUUAAGAAGAGCAUCCAAAAUAGGGGAGGUGGAUACUGUACAACAUACUUUGGCUAAGUACCUGAUGGAGCUGGUUAUGGGUGACUAUGAUAUGGUUCACAUCCCUCCAUCACAAGUAGCAGCUGCAGCUCUCUGCCUAGCUCUGAAGGUUCUAGAUGGUGGGGAAUGGACUCCUAUACUCCAGCAUUACAUGGAUUAUACUGAGAAUUCGCUUGUUCCUGUAAUGCAGCACAUAGCAAAAAAUGUUGUGAUGGUGAACAAUGGACUAACAAAGCAUUUGACUGUCAAGAGCAAAUACACCAGCAGUCGUCACAUGAAGAUCAGCUGCCUUCCACACCUAAAGUCUGAGUACUUGCAAGGCUUAGCUCGCUCUGGGAGUAUGAAAGCUCUUGAAACCGCUCACUUCCUCAAGUUGAGUCGUUACCUUAGCCCAUCCUUGCUCAGGCAUCACCUUACAACAAGUAGCUCUUCAGUAGUAGACACGUCAGCGCUGAUGUCAACAUACAUCAUUGACUGCCAUCGUUAA